CGCGAUUUCCUACUUCACUCGGAACUUCGUUAUAACCGUCUAUGAUAACCGUUGUAACAAGAGAAGUCAGUGUUGUGUCUUCGCGCUCAGUUUCAGUAAAUUCUUUAUAGAAAAUGGCUUCAAAGAGGUCCGGGGAGCCUCUUGAACCAGAAAGUUCGAAAAAACCGAAACCAGCAGCCCCCACACAACUUGAAAAAUGCAACAACUGCUCACAAAAUAUUCGAGAUGCAGUAAUUUACUCUGGCGCUCUUGUGGACUCUAUUGAAGAGUCGGUUGCUUUAACAGAUGAAAGACUAAACAUUUUUAAUGAAAACCAAAACAUAAGCUUUGAAGAAGAUGACUUACCUUGCCACAAAAUGACUUGUUUUAGCGUUUAUGAUGAAAAUGACCAUUUGUGCCCCCUUGAUACCGGAUUGUUGGAAAAGAACGUCUUUUUAUACAUGUCGGGUUACAUGAAACCAAUCUUUGAGGAGGAUGCAAGUGCAGACAAUGGAAUUGCAACUCGUGAUGCAGGGCCAAUACGCGAAUGGUUUAUUGCCGGUUUCGAUGGAGGUGAAAAAGUCUUGCUUGCGAUUAUCACUCCCUUUGCGCAGUAUGUCUUAAUGGAACCUUCGGUUGAAUAUGCUCCGAUUUUUGAAACUCUACAAAAGAAAACAGUUUUAUUUAAGUUUAUUGUUGAGUUUCUGUUGACAAAUUUCUGUCGGGCUCCUGGAUAUGAAGAAUUACUUGCUGCACUGGUAGGAAGUAAUGAUCCGUUGUUGACUGAAGAUUUUCUCCUGCAAAAUGCCCAGUUUGUUUGCGACCAGAUUCACAGUUUUGAUACAGCCGCUGGUGACAAUAACGCAAUGCCGUUGCUUACUACACCGUGUAUAAAAACUUUGGCGGUUUUAGCUGGAGUUCAUUUUCGCAAGCGCAAGCAGAUGAGGAAUCUUUCAGGUCGAAAACAGAACACCAGUUAUCAGUUUACGAAAGCGGCGGCGACACCAUUGGUCCGUCAAUUAUUCGAAAAGUUAUUCCCGAAUCAAAUCGAAGCUGAAGAUAGAAGAUCACCCAAAAAGGCAAGAUGUGGUAUUUGCGAUGCUUGCCAAACUCCGGAUUGUGGCCAGUGUACGCACUGCAAAGACAUGGUUAAAUUCGGCGGUCGUGGCGAGACAAAACAUGCUUGUAAAUUAAGACGAUGCCCGAAUUUGGUCGUACAAGACUCAGACGACGAUAGUGACAACGAAGUCAUUAUAGAAGCCGGAAACGGGCGACAAGAUGGUCAAAGGCCUAGUGUAAAUCGGGUUUUGUGGGACGGUCCUCCCGAUGAUCAAGGAGAAUUGCGGGAAUAUCAUAGAUCAAUUGACAUAGUUCUUGGUGCCAAUGGAGAUGACCAAACAGGCGUCAAGCUUAGCAUCAAACUUGGAGAUUUUGUACAAUUAGCCCCGAAAAAUCAAGGCGAGCCAAAUUCAAUUGCUAGAGUUGUCAACAUAUACACUAAAACACAUGCAAUGCUCCACGUUCGUUUGUUCUAUCGUGGUAGAGAAACCAUUUUAGGGGAAACAGCUAAUCCUGAUGAACUGUUCGCUAUUGAUGAAUGUGAAAAUUGUCUUGCUGCUUCUGUUGUGGGAUCGGCAAAGGUCGUUUUUAGAGCAACUCCCCACAAUUGGUCUGAUUUGGGCGGUAUUGAAACUUUGCGAUCUAAUGAAAAUGAAACGUUUUUCUACUCAAAACAAUAUGACAUUGAGACAGCUGCAUUUAUGGAUUAUAUUAAAGUCAGAAACUCCUUAGAUUCAUGUGAACACUGCAGGUUGACCGAGUUGAAGAAGAAGGCUAAAAUUCCUGCAUACAAGAAUGGAAAAGUCGAAUAUCGCGGCUACUGUUACCGUCUAGGAUCUACUGUUUUUCUUGAUCCAUCGGUUUAUAAAUUUCCAUCAUACGCUGAUACCGACUCUGACACUAACUUGAGAGAAGUCGAUGAAACUGUAUUUCCUGAGUACUAUCGGAAAACAGCUGAUGCUAAUGGUCCCAACAAAGAAAUUCCUGAACCUUUCUGUAUUGGAUUAAUUGAAAGAAUUGCUGAGACAGUGAUGAAAGAGAACGAUGAUACAACAACCAUUAUAAACUUGACGGUUCGACUAUUUUUUAGGCCUGAAAACACAAAGGGUGGCGGGAUGUUAGCCUAUCAAUCUGACAUUAAUCUUCUUUAUUGGUCCAACAAAAUUAUAAACGUGCCAUUCACUAAAGUCAUGGGAAAGUGCUAUGUGUUAUAUUGCCUUGACGAACAAAGGGCAAGAGCGUGGUCCGCGCGUGGCCCUUAUCGCUUUUAUUUCAGACAACAAUACGAUUUUCAAAAUAAGAAAUUUAUUCGUGUUCCGGACAGCGCAAAAGAAUUCGAUUUAGAAAGAUACGAUGACAAAGAUGAUUCGGACCAAGAGGAAAGGGUAGAGUACUACGAACCGGUAGAGUACUACGAACCGGCAGAGUACUACGAACCGACACCGUACUAUGAACCAGAGCGUGCUCCCAGAUGGGAUAUCCUCACAAGACGUCUCAAGUGCCUGGAUGUGUUCGCCGGCUGCGGGGGCUUAACACAGGGUUUUCAUGAUGCUGGUGUUGCAAACAUUAAAUGGGCCAUCGAAAGUGACAGAUCAACUGCACAAACGUUUAAACAUAAUAACCGAACCUGCGAUGUGUUCACCCGAGACUGUAACGUGCUCUUACAAAACGCAAUGACAGGAAAAGGGGACUUGCCUUCUAAAAGUGAGGUAGAAAUGAUAGUUGGGGGGCCUCCGUGCCAAGGCUUCUCAGGAAUGAAUCGCUUCAGUGAAGGGGAAUAUUCGCUAUUUAAAAAUUCCCUCGUUAUAUCACUUUUAAGCUUUUGUGAUUUCUACAGACCGCUUGUAUUCGUAUUGGAAAACGUGCGAAAUUUUAUGUUAUAUAAAGGGGGAAUUAUCUUGAAAUUGACAAUUCAAUGCCUCGUGACAAUCGGGUACCAAGUUAGAUUUUCUAUACUAGAAGCCGGAGAAUUCGGGGUGUCUCAAACACGAAGACGUUUUUUUUUAAUCGCCGUUGCCCCGGGUUAUACCUUGCCCAAAAUUCCUGAGCCCGAUCACGUAUUUCUUCCUAGAGGAUCACGCUUACAUGUGACUGUGAAUGGUGUUAAAUACUCUAAUGGGAAUUUUUGGAAUUCUUCUGCACCAUAUCGUAUGCUUCAUGUUCGUGAUGCCAUUGCCGAUUUGCCCAUAAUACAACAGUUUGACAAACAAACGCAUAUGUUAUAUGACGAAGGAGAGGGCAUUUCACAUUUCCAAAGACAAAUGCGAAAAGAUAAUAUGGAUGACAUAUGGGAUCAUACAUGCAAGGAUAUAGCCCCGAUUGUGCAAGCUCGGAUUGACCUAAUUCCACAAAUACCCGGUGCAGACUGGAGGGACUUGCCAAAUACUGCUGUAAGACUGAGAGACGGUACUAUGACUGACGUACUUGAGUACCGUUACAAAACUAAAAAACAGAAGAAUAAUGAACCCAAUCGUGGCGUUUGCGCUUGUUCUAUCGGUAGAGCUUGCGAGCCAACUGAUCGUCAAUCAAACACUUUAAUUCCAUGGUGCUUACCACACACUGCUGAUAGGCACAACAACUGGACUGGACUUUAUGGUCGUCUUGACUGGAACGGAUACUUCGGAACAACUACAACAAACCCUGAACCUAUGGGCAAACAGGGACGAGUUUUGCACCCAGAUCAAAACAGAAUGAUCAGCAUUCGAGAAUGUGCUCGCUCUCAAGGUAUUCCUGAUAGAGUAAAAUUUUUUGGCAGCGUAGCAAACAAGCAUCGCCAAAUUGGCAACGCUGUACCUCCGCCGCUUGCUAGGGCGCUUGGACUUCAAAUAAAAAAGGCUAUGGUUAAUGGUCAUCACUAAAUAUUUGUUCUUUUCUUACAAAGUGUCUUAGAAUUAAUGUUACUAAGGUAUACAUCACCAAAUUUUGUUUAAUUAGAAGAAUUAUUGAUGCUGGGUUUUUAAAUUAUCUUAGAAUUAACGUUACUUUAUUAUUACAUUACCAAGUGUUUUGUUUAUUUCAGAAAUAAUGAUGCUAGGGUUUUGCAUCAUUUUUCAAAUUUUCUCAGUAUUAAUGAUAUUUUAGUAUUAUAUCACCAAAUAUAUUUUUUAAUUAUUUCAAAAUUAUUGAUGCUAUGGUUUUGCAUCAAUUUGUUUUGAAAUUAUCGUAGAUUUAAUGUUCCUGGGAUGUUACAUCCAAAUAUAUAUAUUUUUUGACUAACUCAGAACUAAUGUUACUGGGAUAUUGAUAUUAUCUUAACAGUAUUUUUCAAGAAUAUUUUUCUAUUUUGUUAUUUUUACAAGAAUUUAUGUUUUGUUUACCUUAUUUGUAUUUUUUAAUAAAGGUUUUUG